AUGCUGCAUUCCUUCACCAAGGUCCCCGUCCUUGCGCGUGUCAAUGGACUCUUCAUCUGCAAUGUGCCGAUAGAGAUUGUGCGCCUGACGAUGAUCGAGAAGCUGUGCAUAGCAAGGGCCAGGGCUACAAGGUGCUGCAUCGAACUGCAAGGUCAUGGUGCAUCACAUGUCUCCAAAGGCAGCUUGGUCAUCCUACCCCAGGCAGCCUCUAGGCUGGGGCGUUUGUUGCCCCUCAGUGCUACCGAGAUUGUCAACGAAUUGGUGGUGAUCAUGGUCUCCAUCGCCGAUCAGCCCAUCACCAUGGACCAGAUCUCCAAGGAGCUGCUCACAGUUCGCCGUGACAUGAUCCUCGCGGCGCUGAAGUGGCUUCAGGAGCACAACCCUCUCUAUUGCGAUGUCGGUAUCGUUCAGGAGGCCUUGGAGACGUAUCCUGUGAACGGACCUUUGCCUGUGCCCACCUUCGACAACAUCGCCUCCGCAUCCACGGCUGCCGAGGGCAGCUCGUACUUUACGUCCCUGCCGCCGCCACAGAUGUCGAGAAUAUCUGCCUUCAUGAGCAUCAAGAAUGGGGAGAAGUUCUUGGUGUAUCCCUCGGGCUCGAACCCUAUGCGCGAGUGGGCUUCCCCCUACCUUUUGCAGCCUUGCAGUGCUCCCAGACCUCUUUCCUUAUGGAUGUGGUGUGUUUGA